AUGAUCGACGGCAUGGUUCAGCUCAUCCCAGUCGACGCCGUCAUCGCUGCCCUGGCAUCCGAUCUGCCAUCACACAUUAUCGUUGCAACCUGCACCCUCCCCCGGCCAACAAUACUCGCUGCCCUGGUCAUGGCCUCUUCCCCUUCUUCGAACUCAGUACAGAGUCAUAACAAACGGCAGGACAUUCGGAUGCGCCUCCAGCCAAGCCUGCGCUGCUGUGACUUUAUGCCAACUGAGGCGCCGGCAAGGUCGGUACCGGCCACCGACCGGCAGCGACGGCCGGGACGGCAAGGCUGCCUCUUGCCUCAGUCGGAAAGUUGUCCGAGUCAUAAGAUUGCCCCGAGCGUCCGCAGCCUUGGCCUUGGCCUCUCCGCCCACGCGUGGCCUGGAACAAUGCUGAACACCCCAGUGCUUCCCCAGAGUCAUCUUGCUCGCGGUAAGACCUUAAUGGUCCCGCACGGUCUGGGUGGAACAUCGGAAUUCAAGAAGACGGCCGCUUACAAGUCAACCAAGAACUGA